AUGCGUUGCUGCCGGGGAUCUUUGAUGACACUGAUGGACAAGGGCACCUUUUCUGACCGUCUGGAUCAAAGAAGACCUUGUCGGUCAAUUUGUUUAUCUGAUAAGACACCGCUUAAUGCUGCGAGUUGCAGACUCAAGGCUUCCCGCUAUCUUUGUAGUGUUCUUAGUUAUUCGACAAUGCUACGGCGAGCAUGGCACAGUGUGGUGGAAGCGAUCACAGGCCGGGGUUCCAAGGUCUGGGAGAAACUCGCCAGACCGACCGUCGGGAGAGGCAAGACUCAGUGGCCGAAAUCAGCAAGUGAUUCGGAGAACCACGGGGUCCGCUUUCACUACGAUGGCACCAUCGAGGAGAACGGCUCGGUGUACCACAAGUACCAGGUGCAGCCCAAUGCUGGGAAGACCCCCAGUUCGUGGAAAGACUGGAGAGAUAGAAAUGGGGGCACUCAUGCCGUCAUCGGGACGGUGAAAGUCAAGCAGGAUGCGACGAGGGACGAUGUUGAUGAGGCGCUGAAAUCCCUGGGGGAACAGCUUUGA